UGGUUCACGGGACAGCGACGCCCACGGAAAUGACAGCAGCGUGACCAGUUCCGCUGCUGUCGCUUACGUGGAGACAGGAAGUGUCUUCCGUUGGUUUCCGGAUCGGAGUCUCGGUUGAUGUUGUUGUGUGUCUACGAUGGCCCAGGACGCGCUUUCUCUCCGGGUGUCGGAGAUCAGCGACCCGGCGCUUCUCUUUGAGUGCUAUAACACUGAGGAGAUCCGCGGAAUCGAGCGCAAAGUCCGCGGGGAGAUCGAGCAGAAGAGGGAGGAGCUGAGGCAGAUGGUGGGCGAGCGGUACCGGGACCUGAUCGACGCCGCCGACACGAUCGGGGAGAUGAAGCAGUGCUCGGAGAGCGUCGUGCAGUCCAUCCAGGACAUGCAGCAGUACUGCCACAGGCUGAAGCAGGGCAGAGCCAGCGUGGCCAGCUGCAGAGUGGAGAGCCAGACACCGUGGCAGCUAAAGUUCUACACCAUGGCCUCCCAGAUCAAGCUGCUUUUGGAGAUCCCGGAGCGGAUUUGGAGUGCCAUGGAGGCAUCUCACUACCUCCGAGCCACGCAGCUCUACCUGAUGUGCUGCCACCUGCACCAUCUGCUGCAGCUGGAGGCCACUGCAGCAGGCCUCUACAGCUCCGUCCUUGUCCGAUUUCCCAUCCUAAUCCGACAGGUUGCCACCACCGAACACUUCAGGGCAGCCAUUCUGCUGGACAGCAGGGCUCUGCUGAGGGGCCGUGCAGUGUCGGACCAGGCCAUCGCUGAAGCCUUGGUGUCCAUCAUGCUGCUUGAAGACAGCUCUCCUCGGCAGGCUCUGGCUGACUUCUUGUUGGCCCGGAAAUCAUCCAUACAUCAGCUGCUGAACCAACCGCAGCAUGGUGCAGGGAUCAAGUCCCAGGUGUGCAGCCUCGUGGAGCUGCUGGUCACCACUCUGUUUCAGGCCUAUGCCAUCUUCUACCUCCCCCCAGAGGGCAGCCCCAGGCCAGGGGAUGAAGCUUUGAGCUGUGGCAUGCUCUUCUCUGUCCUGGACAACGUCACAUCUACGAGUCCUGCAGCUAAGGACAGAAGGGUGUUGCAGGAAGAUGUGAGUACAGGCAGCUGGUUAAAGUAUCUGCCUGCGUCCAUCUCAGAGUUUCAACCUGUCCUUCGCACCCUGGCUCAGCCAAUCCAGAGGGAGCACCUGCAAGACACUCUUCAACAGUGGAUCGAUACCUGUAAGGAGGACAUCUGCCAUGGUGUUGGAAGCCUUUUGGUCUACGUCAAGAGCCUGAAGGGGCUGGCAGCCAUCAGAGACGCUGUUUGGGACCUUCUGUCAGCAGACUCCAUCAGUCAGCACUGGAGCACCGUCUGUCAGCGUCUGCUGGAGCACCCCCUCACCGUCUGGGAGGACAUCUUGCAGCAGCUUUUCCUCCAGCGGCUGCAGGUCAUCACUAAAGAGGAAACUGAAGCCAUCUCAGUGCUGUCUAUCCAGCUCCUUACAUCCGCCGUCAGGGAUCUGCAGACCCAGAGCGUCCAUUCGUCUUCAGGUGCCCACAGCAGCCAUGGGGCCCAGUAUGAGGUAGAUGUCUCCUCCUUCUUGUGGUUGGAGUCUCCAGGGGACCUGUUGAACGACGCAGGCUGGUUCAGUGUGAGCCAGCGGGGCCAGCAGCAGCACAGGAGUGGCCUGGCCAUGAAGACACAGGCGCUCACACCUUGUGUUCAGAACUUCUGCUCUUCCAUUGAUGCAAAGCUGAAAGCCAGACUGGAUGAUCUCCAGCACUACCUCCCGUCCCAGGACGUGGGCUCUGACUCUACUUUGGCCACUGUCCCUUCCUCUGCUGAUCAGCCAUCGUCAUCCUCAUUUAACCGCUUCAUCGACUCCGCAGCAGUGGAGGCGGCGCUGCGUGACGGCUGUUUGGCCUGUGUUCACCACAUUCUGUCCUUCAUCCAAUCACAGCUGGCUGUGGCCUCGCCAGACUCCAGGCCCACCUGCCUCAGUUCAGUUCUAUUCAUGGCCAGGCUGAGCCAGUCUAUGGGCAAACUGUGCCCCAACCUGAAGCAUUGCAUCCUGGGAAAGCAGUGUGGUUUUGACAGCACAGCCAAAGGGACCCCCAGGCAAGGCAAGAAGCUGGGCAAAGCCACGGCCGCUGCAGAGGUCAGGCCUUCCCAGGACAAGUGGGAGGAGCUGAAGGAGGAGCUUCUUGGCUGCAGUAUGGAGGCCUACCGCAUCUGGAGCGCCGCUCUUUCUAAAGGGCUGUUGGAGAAGUUUGGCAUGGUGCUUCAUGCUGAGUCUGCAGGCACCAUCUUAGCUACAGCAACUAACUGGGAGGAUCUGGAAAUCCAGGAGGAGGCCGAGUCUGGAAGCAGCGUUACAUCCAAGAUCCGUCUUCCAGUACAGCCAACGUGGUUUGUGCAGUCCCUGCUGUUCCAGCUGUGUGUGGAAAUAAACAGGGUGGGAGGCCACGCCCUUCCUCGCUCCACCCUCCAGGAGUUUCUGCAGACCUGUUUGACUGAAGUCCUGCACCAUUACCACAGCCUGACACAGACCAGCAGCACGGAUGCUGUAUUCCCCAUGACGCAGAACAGAGCCCUGCAGUUCCUGUUUGACCUCCGUUACCUGAGCGCUACUCUGGGGAGCAGACUGGAAGAACUGAAGAACUCCCGACCACAGCAAGACCCAAGAUUCCAUGAAACCUGUGAUUGGCUGGAGAGCUUCAUUGACCCCUUUGACCUGGACGUGUUUACACCUCACCUGAACGCCAGCCUCAACCGACUGUCUCAAAGGACCUUGGUCCUGCUGGGGCUCCUGACAGGCUCAGAGAAGCAGUUUGCUUUGCGAAGCAGCAGUUUGAACUCCCAGGAUCCUUACAACAUACUGCCGCUAGCCAGCAGCCAGAUCAGGUUCGGGCUGCUGCCUCUCAGCGUGUCAAAUGUGCAGAAAUCCAAGGCAGCUUCCAGAAGCUCUGAAGCUCCUCAGCAGCUGGUGGCUCCUCAGUCCUUCACAGCAGGCAGUGAUGACAGCUUCCGGCCAGGCAGCCUUUUCAGGCAGCUCGCUGAUCAGGAUGAAGACACAGCAGCGACUUCUUUAUUUAAGCUUAACUGGCUCUCUGGGAUGGGCAAAUAAUUCUCAGCUGGCUGCUUUGUUACAGUGACAUGUACAGUAAAUACUCCUUUUGUGUGUUGACAAAAUGCCUCCUGUGUGAUGUGUAAAUGUUGUGUAAGCACUGACGUGUGUUGGCUGACUGGUGAUCAGAGCAGCGAUACUCUGGUUGAAUGUGUGCAUACACAAGCAGCAUCGUUCAGGCACUCUGUGUUCCUGAAAGGAAACUGUGUGUGACAGGGUGGAUGCUUCCUCUGUAGUGCUUUUCUACUCUUCACACUUUCUUUAUGCUCCUUCUACCAAAGUGCUUUUCACAUUCACACACACUCAUACUCUGAUGGAUGCAUCGGAGAGCAGCUUAGGCUGUGGCUGGUUGGUGGGGUAGGCUGUCUUUUUCACUCUGGACUGAAACAUGUUUAACACACUGUGGUUUGUGACAUACAGACUGAUGCAGUCAGCUUCUAUCACAGGAUGUCUCCACAGCUACAUUUGUAUGAGUAUGUGAACAUGCUGACACGAAGCAUUAUCCCUGCAAACACUCCAGCGAUCAGCUGACACAUUCUGUACUGGGUUCUACAUUUUCUCUGGGUGUUAAUAUGUCAGGUUGUAUUUUAUGUAUGUAUUCAGUUCAGAUAGAGAUGGCUGGUUGCCAUGAUGGCAGAAAGCAGGUUGACUUUAUCAUUAUUGCCUCAGAGUAAUCACCAGUGUGAAACACAUUCUGGUGUUUGUGCAGCACUGUGGUGAUUAGUGCUGUCACCUCACAUCAAACAGGUUGUGGGUUUGAAUCCGUGCCUGCAUGGACUCUGAACGUGUGUUAAUCAUGAGUUCUUAUUGGUUGUUGGGUAAGUAUUGUAAUGCUAAAUGUGUCUUGUGGUUAAAUGUUGCUUGUGUCUCUCACCAAAAUAAACUCAGCCAAACCUUCUGA